UACCAUGGAGAUGAUUCUAGCUUGAGUUAGAGAUAAAUAAACGGCGUUAAAUGACACAGGAAAAGAAAGAAGACGACAAAACUACGAUGAAAAACGAUCAACAGGAAACGUGCGGCGACUCUGAGCUGCCUCAUACAGCGGAAGGAAGAGAAACAGAAGAGUUAGUGAGCUGUUCUGAUGCUUUAAAAGCGGAUGUGGAGCAGAAACAAACCGACCUGCAGGAUGAGCAGCCUGAGAAUGAUGACAUUAAUGAACUACCCUCACUCUUAAGCUUAGUCGUAGAGAGACAUGAAGGAGAAACCUGUGAAGGCCAGUUUCAUGGAGAAGGGGUUGCUUGUUUUGAAGGAGGACAUGUGUACAAGGGGAUGUUUUCUGAGGGACUUAUGGAUGGACGUGGUGUCUUCACACGGACAGAUGGAUUGAAAUAUGAGGGAGAAUUUGUGUGCAACAUGCCCAUGGGCCAGGGCGCCUACACCUGGCUGGAUGGCAGCUCCUAUGAGGGGGAAGUGUACAAUGGUAUACGACACGGGACUGGAAACUACAAAUGUGCAAAAAAUGUUGUGUCCUACACAGGGCAGUGGGAUCAGGGCAAGAGACACGGAAAGGGAACCGUGUAUUACAACCAAGAUAAGACCUCUUGGUACAAAGGCGACUGGGUGAAGAACAACAGAGAGGGAUGGGGAGUGAGACACUACCCCUCUGGUAACAUUUACUCUGGCGAGUGGAAGAACAACCUGAGACACGGAGAAGGCACGAUGAAGUGGAUAAAACUGCAACAGCAGUAUGAAGGGAUGUGGCAGAAUGGAAUCCAGCAUGGACGAGGCACACACGUCUGGAUCCUGAGGCGAGCAGAUCUAUCCCAUUAUUUCCAGAGCAAUCAUUACAGUGGAGAUUUCGUUCAGGGUCAGAGACACGGGCAGGGGACCUUUUACUACGCCGGAGGUCCGAUCUAUGAAGGAGAAUGGAGGGAGAAUAAAAAACAUGGGAAGGGAAAAUUCACUUUUGAGGAUGGGCGUGUUUUCGAAGGAGAGCUUGUGGACGAUCAGAUGAUGACACACGAUCUGGAUGGAAACAAUGGUCCCACUCCUCCUCUGCCUGGUAAAACGGAAGAUACAAUCUUGUUUCUUUCAGAUAUGGCUCUGAACAUUGACUGUCUUCUGGAGAAAAUCCCUGAGAGAAAGCGCGACGCUGAGCGCAAACAGGUGGAGUUAGUGGUGUUGAGGCAAGCGAGAGAGCUGAGGUCCGUCUAUAGUUUCUACAGCAGACUUGGUCAAGCCCACUCCCCAGACAACACCUUCCUGCUGUCCCGCCUGCAGCUCUGGCGCCUGUUCAAAGACUGCAACAUCCACCAUCACGGCAUCACUCUGACACAGAUAGACCAUUUUAUCAGAGAGGAUGCUACAACAGCAGAGAUCCACUCUCCCUUCACUCCCAUGCUCCUGCGUAGACUCCUCAGCGGUCUAGUGGUUGUGGCCUACCACAUCUAUCAUAAGGACAUGGUGUCACAAAACAACCUUCUGGCAGCCUGCUUUUCCAAACUGAUGACAGACAACAUCCUUCCUAAUUCUAAGAAUGUAAAAGGCUUCCUGUUUAGGCAGCCAGACUGUGCAGUGGUAGCUGAGAGCUACUUAAGGAAGUGCUGGGAGGUCUAUCAGGCUUACUGUAAAGUCAAUGCAGCCAGAGGUGACCAGACCAUGACCUGCCGACACCUGCUGUGGAUGUUCAAGGAUCUCCAUCUGCUGGACAAUAACCUGACCACAGCGAGAUUGCUGCAGAUCAUCACUGCAGAGAGCCAUGACCCCAGCUACCUGACCUCCUGUCUGGAUCUGGAGAUUACAUUCCUGGAGUUUUUUGAGGUACUUCUGGGCUCUGCUGAGGUGAAGUGUCAGCAGGUUUCUGAAGGCCUGGAGGAGGAGGAGGGCCCGUCACCAUCCAGCCCUGAUGCUGAGGCCAGGAGGGAUCUACCUCCUGAGGUGGAGGCCAUCGAGGAAAUCUUGCAGACUACAAACAGCCCUUCCCAGGCGGUGGCAGCUCCAGUGAAUUCCCCCAUCAGUCCUGAAAUCUCCAGCACCAAGUCAUUGGAGACAAGUGACACAGCAGAAUUAUCCACUGCUCAGGACGUGGUAAGUCAGCAAGAGGUCAAGGCUAAAGUCAAUGAGGAACCUCCAUCUGCAGAGCACACAGAAGAGCCUAGAGGUGAAGGAAAGGACAUGCAAACCAGAGGAAUGGAGGCCAGAGACCGUGAAGUGGAGCUCUGGGAACAGACGAUCCAUCAGUUCUUCAACCAUUUUUUCUUCCCGGCUGUUGAAUACAACCAGUUAGUGUCCAGGAACAUGAAGGAGGAGAAGCUCCGCCAGGAGGCCCAGAGACGCAUCGCUCUGGCCAAAGCCCAACAGCUAAGAUGUAUUAGUAUUAUGUAGUCAAUGUAUUAGCUAUGUAAUGCAUCAUUACUCAUGAGAUUUAACUAGAAAGAACAGCAGUGGUUUGUUCCCAGCUUUGAGAAUUAAAGACAUGCUUAUUCUACAUAAA